AUGAUAAAAUCAAAUUCCCGAAGUAACACAGGGUGCUCGAAGGAAGAGAACUUUCCAAAGAGUAGACAUAAAUCAUGUAGUAGAAUGAAAAGCUUUGCUACAAAAACUUUAAAAAAAAAUGAUAAAGAAUUAAAUAGAUCUUUUACACUUCUUGAUAGUUCUAUAAAAUAUAAAAAACAACAUAGUGAUGAUGUAGAAAAUUAUUCAUGGGUAUUACUAAAUGAUGAAGCAAAAAAAGAAGGGAAAAAAGAAUAUGAAUUUUGUAUUGAUAAUAAUAAAUAUAAAGUUGUUUGCAUUUUAAGAAAAUAUAUAAAAUAUUUUUCAAACUUAAAAAAGAAAACAUAUGAAGAUAAUUAUGUUAGUUCAUAUGCAACGAGUUUAAACACAACAAAAAGUAUAGGCACAUUCAGUAGCUCAGAAAAUAUAACUAGCAAAACCAACCUUAGUAGUGUAUUUAAUAGUAGUAGUAAUUCAUUAAAUAUAUCCGAUGAUCUAAACAAUGGAAGUUUUUUCUUUCACACCCAAAAAAAAAAACAUGUCCCAAUGUUUGUAGAUUAUGUAAAAGUGAGGGAAAAACCCUUUAAUGAAAGUUUCAACAAAUUAAAAAAAACAGAAGAAUGGUCAUUACAACAUAAUAUAAUUAUAUAUUUUUUGGAAAAAUUAAUUAUAGCCAUAUUAAACAUAUUUAAUAAAUACAGCAAAGAGACAGAUGAAAUGAUUGUUGCAAACAAACUAAGCAAAAUAGGUAAUGGAAAAAGGGAAAUAAACACCCCUUUCUUAAUAUUCAAAAAUGAAAAUUAUGAAGAUAUAUUUUUAAUUAAAUUUUAUUCUUCAUUUCCUUUUAAAAUUAUGAUAUAUUCAUUAAUUAUGAUAUUUAUAUCUGUGAUACAUUUUAUUAUUUUAUAUUAUAUUUUAUUAAAAAAUAUGUUAUAUAAUGAAUAUAAUACUAUAGUUUUUUAUAGCAUUUUUAAAUUUAUUUUAGACAUAUUUUAUUUUACAUUUUUUGUUAUAUAUACAUUUAUAUUUAAUACAAAUUGUAUAGAUAAAAUAGCUACCUAUUCUUAUAGAUCUUGUUAUUUCUUUAUUUCUUUAAUAUUUGUACAUAACAUUGUUUUAUUAUAUUUUAAUCCUCCCUCUUUUUUGCUACCUAGCCCUAAAUUAAUAAAUUAUAUAAAUAAAUAUACCUAUAAAAAUUAUGCUAUUUUAUUAAAUAAUGCAUAUAUGUGUAUAUUUUGCUUUUUAAGAAAUUAUAUAGUUCUUUAUAAUUUUUUAUUAAAUUUAAAAUUUUCCAUAUUUUUUAUAUUUAUUACUCUUCUUUUACCAUUUUACACAUUUUUUUUUUACAAAAAUUUACGAACCGAUAUAUAUAUGUGUACACUUAUAUUUCCAUUUUUUUGUGUUAUACCAAUUGUUAUUUCAUUAUAUAUUCAAUAUAAAUAUGAGUAUAUGAAAAGAAUUACAUGUAUAGAUAUCAAUGAAGAUCGUAAAAAAAUGCAUAGCCAUUAUAUAACCAAAUAUUUCUCUAUAGACAAUUCUAUACCUACUUCACCAAUUGAAGAUAUUUUAACAAAUCUGAAAUCUAUUUUAGAUUAUACUAAAAAUUUAGAAGAAGAGGAAGAAGGAAAUAAUAACAAAAUUAUCGAAUUAAAUAAAAUACAAGAAAAAAUUAAAACUUGUGAAAAUAUAUUAAGGACACAAAAUUUAAAUGAAGUACCUGUAUGUAAAUAUAGAAAAUUUGAAAAAGUCUAUAAUAUGUGGUGUUUAGAUCAAUCUGAAAAAAAAGAUGAACAAAAAUCUUUUUUAUCUCAACAUCCUAAUAAAAAAUCAGUUACCUCAUUUUUUAAUAUGCAUUCUUUAUUAUCAACUAAAUUUCAAGACCAAUAUAAUGACAUAUAUGAUUGGAAUGCCGAUAUUGAACUUAUUUACAAACGUAAUGUAUUUAUAUCAAUUGGUUAUAAAUUAUUAUACCCUUUAGGAGUACUAGAAACAAACUUUAAUACUGAAGUAUUAAAAAAUUUUCUUCUUAAAAUUUAUUCCCUUUACAAUGACCUUCCUUACCAUAAUAGUUUGCAUGCUGCACAGGUUGCCCAUUUUAGCAAGAGCAUGCUUUUCAUGUUGGAUCUAAACCAUAAAAUAUCGGGGAUCGAUGAAUUUUGCUUGCAUGUUUCUUCUUUAUGUCAUGAUGUUGGGCACCCAGGACUUAAUAAUUUUUUUUUAAUAAAAUCUGAAAACGAGCUCGCAUUAACUUACAACGAUAGUAAUGUACUAGAAAACUAUCACUGCUCACUAGUUUUUAAAACCUUAAAGGAUCCGAGUUGUAACAUAUUUGGAAACUAUCCUAAUAAUAUAUUCAUUACAUGCAAAAAAAAUAUUAUUCGAGCAAUAUUAUCAACAGAUAUGAAAAAUCAUUUUGAAUAUAUAUCUACAUUUCGAACUAAUAGGGAAUUUAUAGAUUAUGAUAACUUAACAAAUGAUCAACUAUGGCAAAUUUUCUGCCUAAUAUUAAAAGCCUCAGAUAUUGGUCAUUCAACAUUAGAAUGGAAAAAACAUCUUGAAUGGACCUUAAAAAUUAAUGAAGAAUUUUAUUUACAGGGUUUAUUAGAAAAAUCUUUAAACAUGUCUAAAAGUUUUUUAUGUGAUACAAUUUCUAUUGACAAAUUGGCAGUUUCACAAAUCGAUUUUUUAAAACAUUUAUGUAUCCCUUUAUUUAAUGAGCUAAAUUUUAUUUCAAAAAAUAAUGAAGUUUAUAAUAAUUGUAUUUCUGCAAUUGAAAAUAAUAUAGAACAAUGGGAAAAAAAUCAAAAUAAUCCAAAAAAUCUUGGGUUGCAAGAAAAAUAUCGAGAUGAUCAUACAGUUGAAAAAAUUAAGUUUUAA